CUUCAAGCAAUCAUUCGCAAACACCACGUCAUGUUCUCCAGGAUCGGGUUCACCACCACGCGUGCUUUCAGCACCUCUCGUGGACUAAUGUCCAAUAUCGGGAAAAUUCCUGUCAGAUUGACCGAAGGAGUCGAAUUAAGUACCCAGGCUAUCCCCAAAGAAUUUUCAAAGACAUUCAGAAAAGCCAAGCAGUUGGUCAACCUUGACAACCAAAUCACCAUCAAAGGUCCAUUAGGCGAAUUGAAGAUCAACGUUCCUAGCUUUGUCAAGAUUAGUCAAGAGAACAAUGCUGUCAGUGUAGCAGUUGAAAACGAAGAAGACAGAGUGCAAAGAGAAAUUUGGGGUACCACCAGAACAUUGAUUCAAAACCAUGUUAUAGGAACCUCUGAAGGCCAUUUGUCCAUCGUUAAAUUGGUUGGUACCGGGUUCAGAGCUAUAUUGGAAGAUGAAGCAGAUGGCUCGAAGUCCGUCAGUUUAAAACUUGGUUUCCCUUACAUACCCAAGCUUGCAAUUCCUUCCGAGUUGAAAGUCACUUCUCCUGCUCCUACCAGACUUCUUAUUCAAGGUGCCGAUAAACAGCAAGUUAAGUUAUUUGCUGCAAGAAUCAGAGAACUUAAAAAACCUGAACCUUAUAAAGGUAAAGGUAUUUACGUUGAUGAUGAAACUCCUAAAUUGAAAGAAAAGAGAACCGGUUAGGCACUCUUCUUUCUGUCCCCUCUUCACCUUUUCACUUCAUUUUAUGAUCUCCAUUAUAGAACUUAAAUUACUUCUUGUAUAUACGUUAUAAUCAUUAAGAAACAGCCCG